AUGUAUACCCCGGAAGAACUGAAUCUGGCGCAUCUGCCGAACUGUACAUUGCGAUUUGCCUGCGUUUUGGAGGAUCAUCUUAGCGAUUAUGACCAAAUCGCGAAACUCUUGGCCAUCACAGUGGAAACAGAAUGUUUUUCGGGUGAUUCUGAUGCGAAAGAGAUCGAACCGUUGAUGCCCUAUUCCAUAUCCGAUUACGAUUCUCUCGAAACAUAUGCCAAACGUCUUGCACAGGAUCUAUUCGAUACGCCAGUUUAUACGUUGAAAUGUGGCUCACUUGAAGGAUAUUUCAACGUGCAUCCAGCAGUGGUCCAGGACGAAUGGAGUAAAACAAUCACUAUCGUUGGUUUCAUGCCCGCGAAUGUUCUGGCAAAUGUGCCAUCGCCUCGACAUUAUUUUAUAGUGAUUCCUGAACCAGCAGCGGGCAAAUCGGAAUUGCUGUGCAUGCUCUGUGAAGGAUUGCGUGCUGAGGAAUAUGUGGCAAUAUGUCGAAUAAAGAAUAAUCUCUAUGGAGCUUUGUAUGCGCUAAGUUUCGCUGAGGAUGAAGCUCCAGCAGAUCGACUUUGUCUUGAGUUGUUCCCGUUCGGAUCAAAGCCCGUAUUUUGGGUCCCCUCAUUGAAGAAAAUCAAAUGCCAGAGUGCUGUGGAUGAUGCAAGCGAAGGGCCGUUAUUCUGUGUUCAAAAUGACGGUCUUGCGCGACCAUCGUAUUCGUCGGUACAGAGGACUUGCUGGUCGGAUGCACAUGGACUCCAAAGUGAUUUCCAGAAAAUUGUUCGGAACUAA